UCCGGCCAGCGGUUCUCUUUUCUGUCUCAUUCGCAAGAUGGCGGAGGCUGCAAACUGCAUCAUGGAGAAUUUUGUAACCACGCUGGCUAAUGGGAUGAGCCUGCAGACUCCGCUAGAAGAUGUCUCGUGCACCCAGCCGGAAAGCAGCAGUAAACCAACAGCAGAAGAGAUGACUUCCAAGGAUUAUUACUUUGAUUCCUACGCUCACUUUGGGAUCCAUGAGGAAAUGCUGAAAGAUGAGGUCCGCACGCUGACCUACAGAAAUUCCAUGUUUCACAAUCGGCACCUCUUCAAGGACAAAGUGGUCCUGGAUGUUGGCAGUGGCACGGGAAUACUUUGCAUGUUUGCAGCCAAGGCUGGUGCCAAGCGGGUCAUUGGGAUUGAAUGCUCCAGUAUCUCUGAUUAUGCUGUCAAAAUCGUCAAAGCCAAUAAACUUGACCAUGUGGUGUCCAUCAUCAAGGGCAAAGUGGAGGAAGUGGAGUUGCCUGUGGAAAAGGUUGACAUCAUCAUCAGUGAGUGGAUGGGCUACUGUCUCUUCUAUGAGUCCAUGCUCAAUACUGUCAUCUAUGCCCGGGAUAAGUGGCUGGCCCCAGAUGGACUUAUUUUUCCAGACCGUGCCACUCUGUACAUCACUGCUAUUGAAGACCGGCAGUACAAAGAUUACAAGAUCCACUGGUGGGAGAACGUAUAUGGAUUUGACAUGUCGUGCAUCAAAGACGUGGCAAUCAAAGAGCCUUUGGUGGACGUUGUUGACCCAAAGCAGUUGGUCACUAACGCCUGUCUCAUCAAGGAAGUAGACAUCUACACAGUGAAGGUGGAGGACCUCACCUUCACAUCCCCUUUCUGUCUGCAAGUGAAGCGCAACGACUACAUCCAUGCCUUGGUCGCCUAUUUCAACAUAGAGUUUACCCGAUGCCACAAGCGAACUGGAUUCUCUACCAGUCCUGAAUCUCCCUACACCCACUGGAAACAGACAGUCUUUUACAUGGAGGACUAUCUAACAGUGAAGACAGGAGAGGAGAUAUUUGGCACCAUUGGCAUGAAGCCUAACGCCAAGAACAAUCGAGAUCUGGACUUCACCAUUGACUUGGACUUCAAGGGGCAAUUGUGUGAGCUGUCGUGUUCGACGGAUUACCGGAUGCGUUAGCCCUUUUACUCCCACAGGUUUUUUUUUCUCCUCCUUCAACAAACCUUGCACCCAGAGCAAAUCCUCUCUGUCAUCCUAUUCCGUUGACGUAUCACUAAUUCAUUUCAUUGUGUAGUUCCCUGUAGCUGCACUCUGGGCCAGCAAGGAGAGGGUCAGUAUUAGAGGCUAGGGGGAAAUAGCCAAGAUCCCCCCCACCCCAAAUCCCAUUGCCCCUUGUUUUCAAAAGCCUUCCCCUUCCCCAACUACCAGGAACUGAGGCUGUUAGCACAAUUGAAGACAUGCACGUGGUUUGUCCGUCCGUUUGUUCUGAGGCUUGAGUGCCAACAGCAGGCUUCCAUCAUGGAUUUUUAUUUUUGUUAAAUCAUUGUUGGUCUUCUCUGCCAAACUGUGUUGCCUAAAAAAUUUUCUCCCUCCCAGCCCGUUUUUUCAGUGUAACACUGUUCCUUGUCACCAACUCCAGUGCAAACGCUGCUUGGUUUUUGGGGGUACAUACAUCAAUUUCGCGUCCAGUCAGCAGGAUGGGCAUCCCAACAGGUUUUUUAAAUCAAGAGGGCAUGUGGAGGUUUGGGUGAAAAAGGCAUCUCCAUUUUGUGGGUGGUGUUUUUUCACUGACGGUUUUGUACUUUUCCCUCUUAAAUUUCCUGUUCAGAUCUGUGGAGGAUGAUGGUGUUUUUUGAUCCCUUGCCCUUGGAAAGCUGACAUAGUGUGACUUUCAUAACUUAUGGUUUUUAUAUGGUUACAUUCAUGAGGAAAAAAAAUAAAGAAGUUGAAACCAGUUGCUCUUUCUUUUAAUAGAAAAAGACAGUGUGAUAAUGUGACCAUUUGCGCAUCUAAUGUUCCAUGCAAGUAUUUCUAUAAGAAAAGAAUGUGGGAAUAGGAUGAAGGAUUGAGCUGCGCUGUGGAGAACUCCAAAACAGUCUGACCCAGGUGUUUAGGAUACAAAGGACUUCCAUCCUGUCACUGAUGCCGCUGUAGAAUUCUUUUAACAAGCCAGUCCCAAGAGACAGGAUAGCACACCAGCCUUUCCAUAUAUAGAAAUUAACUGGAGAAAUUAUAUCUUCAGCAGUGGCUCCAGCAUAGACUCCUUAACCACACAGAUAAAGAAGCUUAGUCUAGGAAAACAAUGCAGGCCAUUUGUGCCCCUGAUCGCCAUGGCAGCUGCUCCCAAGUGUGGAAUAGCCC